UGCUAGCUCACCUGUUUCUCAUCAGCUCAUCAAAUCACAGCUUGACAAGACAAACAGGACUCUCCUCAGAUUGAAGGUCGUAUUUCCCGAAAAGCAACAAACUUGAAAAUGACAUACAGAAGAGACAGAAGUAUACGGGAGGUGUAUGAAGACCGCUUUAUGCAAGAAAGGCCAGGUACGUAUCCAAGGGCAGCCGGAGCCGUCGAGAGGAGAGGCCCGUUUGGCAGACCGGAGGACGAGUACGGUCGGGGCGGGUAUGAAUACGAAGGAGGUCCCCGUUUUUACCCGAAUGGAGGCGGCCCUCGAGGUUUCCAUGACGAUCAGAGGGGCUAUCCAGUGGAGGGUCACCACUUUCCUGAGCGCAGAGCAAUCCCACCAGCACGAAGGGAAGACUUUCCAUACAGAGUACCGAGAGAAGACCCUCAUGCGGGACGAUCUUUGGAGUUUGGUGCUCGUGUACCUCCACCUCCCAGUGUGAGAAGCCAGGGCGUUUAUCCAGCUGCCAGAUCGCUCCCAGAAAGCGGGGAAGACACAUUAGUGCAAGCCAUCCGCAACCUGGACAGAGGAGAGGACAGGGAUCCUUACAGGAGGAAGGCAGCCCUGUUUCCUCCCCUAAGAGAACGCUCCCCUGUCCGCCGCGAGGUGGCCCGCUCCCCUCACAGUCGCUCCGGCUCCAGCGUGAGCAGCAGAGGCUACUCACCGGACAGGGCGAAGAACCUGCCUUUUUCCACACAGCAAGGCAAGAAUUUGGACGGUCCAGAGAGUCACACAGGUGUUUCUGAGCACCUCUGGGGGGCGCUCUUUCCUCAGAGCGGACAUGACGUUUUGGGUCUGUACACCAACUCACGGUAUGAAGAAACUUAUACUGAGUCCAAGAUUAUUGACAAAAUUCCUGGCUUGUCACGAGAAGGCUCCCCACAGAGUGCGACAUCAAACAAGGAGGAAAGUAAUCCACCAGAGGCAGAAAAGGAGGAACCAAUUGUGACUCCGGUCACUGAAGACAGCAAAAAGUCUACAGAGAAUCUAGAAGAGAGGCGAACCAUGGCCAUCGCAGCCAAAGCCAAGGAGAUAGAAAAGGUCUACAGGCAGGAUUGCGAGACGUUCGGAAUGGUGGUCAAAAUGCUGGUGGCAAAGGAUCCCAGCUUGGAGAAGCAGCUGCAAGUCCCGCUCAGGGAGAACCUCGGGGAGAUACGCGAGCGCUGCCUGGAGGACCUCAAGCAUUUCAUCAAAGAGCUGGAUGAGGACGUCCGGCUUCCAGAGCCCUUCGUCUGUGACUCUGUCACUCCUGCCAUGUCCCAGAAACUCUUAAAGACCGGAGUGAACCACAGCUCGUCUUCUUUCUGACGCGCUUCGUCUACGUCCGCUCCGAUUUAAUGAGACUGAUGAUUUCUAUUUUAUUUUAUAAUUUUAAUUUUUUUUUGAAUUAACAGCUCAGAUUUAGGAUUGCUGGACUUGAACAUACUGCAGGUCACAGCAACCUGAGGAACUCAUCGCAGGAGCGAACAGUGUUAUUUUUGAAUGGACUAUUUUUACCUUCAGGUUUUCUAUGAAAAAUGUAAAAACAUUACAGUUUUUUUUUGUUUUGAUUUUUUUGUUUAAAUAAUAUUUAAAAACUACAAGUCUCCGUGGCUCUUAUGAUGUUUAGUAUGGCAUUCAGUUUUGAAGCAUGAUCUCACAUUUUGUAAGUUUUGUUUUCUGACGUGUAACUUGAAUAAAUAUGUAUCACUUGGUGCUGCAAUAGACAGAAA